AUGAAUGAGAACGAGUACGAUAAUUUUGAUGAUUUGGAUGACCUUCUAGAUGAAGACCCCACUAAACUGGAUGAGGCAGAGCCCGAGAAUGUACAAGCAAAUGGUUCUGUAUGUAACGAUGGUGGAAACAAGAGGGAAAAUGUCGCAAGCAAGGGUAGUGAUGACGUACAGGUGGGUAAUGAAUCUGAGGAGGACCCAGAAUUAAAAGAAAUGAUGGCAGAUUUGCAAAGUGAAUUCGCAAAUCUGAUGAAGAAUAGUGGUAACGAGAAUAAUGUGAAGACAGAAGACUUUAAUAAAUUGAUGAGUGCUUUAGAAGAGGCAACUAAAAUUCCUCGCCAAGACGCUGACAAAGAAUCUAGUAGUUUUAAAAGCAACGGCACUGAUAAAGGGGCCCUCAAUGUCAACAAUCCAGGAUUCAAAAACAUCGUCUCUAAUACACUGGACAGGUUAAAGGAAAAUGGUAGUAAGGUUGAUACAUCACUAGCUGAAGAGACCAAGGAAUCUCAACGCAGUGGCCAAAAUAAUAAUAUUGAUGACAUAUUAUCACAGUUAUUAGAUCAAAUGGUAGCAUCCGGAGGAAAUGAAAGCGCAGAUAAUCAAUUUGACCUUAAAGACGGGGAAAUGGACGACGCAAUAACCAAGAUACUUGAUCAAAUGACGUCAAAAGAAGUUUUAUAUGAACCCAUGAAGGAGAUGCGCAGUGAAUUCGGUACUUGGUUCCAAGAAAACAGUGAAAAUGAAGAGCAUAAGGAAAAGAUAGAUAUCUACAAAAGACAAUUCAAUAUAGUGAGCGAAAUUGUAGACAUUUAUGAAUUGAAAGAUUAUGACGAGCUGAAGCAUAAAAACCGUGUUACCGAACUUCUAGACGAAUUAGAACAGCUUGGUGAUAGCCCUAUUAGAAGUGCGAACAGCCCUCUGAAGAACGGGAAUGAAGAAGAUCUUAUGAAAAUGUUAGAGAUUGAUGGUAAUGAUCCCAACUUAGGGAACCUCGAUAAGGAACUAGGCGACGGUUGUAAACAACAAUAA